ACAGUUAUAACUUAUUUUAAUGCGGCUUACUAAUCAGCUAUGCGCUCAACAUAUUGGGUGGCAUUUUAAGAAGCAUUGGCUAAUUCAGGGCAAGCGUGUGCCGCGUGAAACUGGCGCUGCCGCUGAGUUACUAAGACUUUCAGCUCAAGUCAGGACACCUAAUGACUUAUUAGCUCCGAAAGAAGAGAGGCUUAUGUUGGACUUCAUUGGAACAAGUCCAAGAGCGAUUUCCGAGAACAAUGCGCAUCCAAAAUCGGAUUCUACUGCUUGCCAUUCCUAUAAUGAUAACAGUCUACUAAUUGGUGGAUUACCCCAAGCCCAAGUAUUGACAAAUACUAUAGAGGUUAAAACGUUUCCUCCAAAAAUCGAAGAAGCUGUUGCUAACCAGAAGUUGCCAAACGGUAUUGAUAGAAAUAUUCGAAACGCUAUUUUAUCUGCACAUGUGCUUGAUGCUGAGCAGGUUAAAUUGCCUAAAAUUAAGUUGAUUGAGCGACCUGCCUUUAACUUGCCUCGCAACUAUGGAAUUUCCCACGAAAGAAUCAAUCGACUGCUAGUAAACAAAAUAUUACAUGAAAUUGAAAAAUGGGCCGGUCGAUCCCUCACAGUACGCCGAAAGCUGUUUGAUAAUGCUGCCUUUAAAGCGUCAUUGAAUAAAGACAGUGAUAAGAUUGGAUUUGCGAUCAAUGCAAAUAAAUUAGUUUGCUCUAAUCGUGCGAUUGAAGGUGUGAAAUUGAAGUUUAACGGCACUUUGCCUGAUCUGUACCCAAUGAAAUGUACAAUUUCAAUACCAAAAAAGCCUAUUGUUAAAAAUGACUUCUAUCCGUUUCGGACAGAUGCUACCUGCUCUCAUCCACACACCGUUUUUUCUUUCUUUGAUACAAAUUUGGUAAACACUCAUGGAUCCGAGGUCACAACUUCUCAAUUUCAAGCACGAACAUUAUUAAAAGGGUUUGUAGUUGCUGUAGCACGGGCCAAGCAUUUGUAUGGCGCCUCCAGUGAAGGAGAUCUUGCAAAACCCAUCGUUGUACAAAGUGUUCAGACCGACGGUAGGACAUUUCACUUUGGUGUAUUCCAGCUGAAUACCCUUGAUAUUAGUUCUAAGAACUCUUUAAAGAACUAUUGGUUCCACAGGGAGAGUUACGAAUUAUUUUCCAAGUGCGGUUACGAAACAGGGAGGCCGUAUUUAGAUAAUUACAAUAGCGACAUCUUUCGCAUACUUAAUGCACUUUAUUGUAGCUCCUAAAAUAUACAAAAUAAAGUUUUAAACAACAAAAUUAAAACAAA